AAGUUCCGGCGCUGCCGCCGCUUUGCGGGAUAAACAGUAAUGGCGGAGGCGGUGGCGGCGCUGGAGACAACGGCGGGCGCGGCGGGCGCGGCCCUGGGGUCACCCGCGGCGGCAGCGGGAGCGGCGGCCGUCGCCUUCGACUUCGCGGCCGUGCCGCCGCCAUCCGCGGGGCCUGGGGGAGGCGGUUGGACCAAGCAGGUCACCUGCAGAUACUUCAUGCAUGGAGUCUGCAAGGAAGGAGACAACUGCCGCUACUCCCAUGAUCUCUCCACCAGUCAGUCUGCCAUGGUGUGCAGGUAUUACCAGCGAGGAUGCUGUGCUUAUGGAGAUCAUUGCAGGUAUGAACAUACCAAGCCACUAAUACAGGAGGAAGUGACUGAUGUUAACCCAGAGGCAGAAAUCUAUCCAUCAGUGUCCUCAGAGUUUGCAUCGCUCCCUGAAACAGUUGAAGAAUUUAUUGCUGAGAUAGAAGAUGAAAAUACAGAUCUGGCAGUAGCAGCAGUAGGGGCUGAAGACUGGGUGAAUGCAGUGGAGUUUGUCCCUGGGCAGCCGUACUGUGGACGUGGCCCCCUUCAGGUCCUGGAAGGCUGCAGUAAGGUCACCCCGGAGCCUUCUCUUCUCCAGGCCGAACAACCCGAACUCUCUGAGCCUUUCCUCAUAGGGGAGGUGUUCCAUCCCUCUAACCAUCUUCAUGGCCCUCAGCUAGCUGCUCCUUUCUGUGCUGAAGCACCCUUGCAGGAAAUGGUGAUUGAAGAAGAAUACGAGAAGCAGCAGGCAGAUGUGGAGAUGAAGAAGGAGCUGUGCCCCUAUGCUGCAUUAGGAGAAUGUCGUUAUGGAGAAAACUGUGUGUAUAUCCAUGGGGACGUGUGUGAUAUGUGUGGCCUGCAGGUCUUGCAUCCCAUUGAUGCUGCUCAGAGAUCUCAGCACAUAAAGUCUUGCAUUGAAGCUCACGAGAAGGACAUGGAGCUUUCCUUUGCCGUCCAGCGUAGUAAAGACAUGGUGUGCGGGAUCUGCAUGGAGGUGGUGUAUGAGAAGGCUAAUCCUAGCGAGCGCCGCUUUGGGAUCCUCUCCAACUGCAGCCACACUUACUGUCUCAAGUGCAUCCGCAAGUGGAGGAGUGCUAAACAAUUUGAGAGCAAGAUUAUAAAGUCCUGCCCAGAAUGCCGGAUCACGUCUAACUUUGUCAUUCCAAGUGAGUACUGGGUGGAGGAGAAGGAAGAGAAGCAGAAACUCAUUCAGAAAUACAAGGAGGCAAUGAGCAACAAGCCAUGCAGGUAUUUUGAUGAAGGCCGUGGGAGCUGUCCAUUUGGAGGGAACUGUUUUUACAAGCACGAAUAUCCUGAUGGCCGCCAAGAGGAGCCGCAAAGACCCAAAGUAGGAACCUCAAGUAGAUACCGGGCCCAGCGGAGGAACCGGUUCUGGGAAUUCAUUGAGGAGCGAGAGAAUGGUGAUCCCUUUGAAACCGACGAGGAUGAGGUGGUGACCUUUGAGCUUGGUGAGAUGUUGCUUAUGCUGUUGGCAGCCGGAGGUGAUGAUGAGCUAACGGAUUCCGAGGAUGAGUGGGACUUAUUUCAUGAUGAGCUGGAAGAUUAUUAUGAUUUGGAUCUAUAGCACCUGUCAGUGGAGUGUGGACUGUUGUCUUGGCUUCAGGCAGUAGCUAUUACCUGUGGUGUUGUGGCAGUGCCUGUGUUUCUCCUAGGCAGGCCGAUCAAUUCCAGGUGCUGUUGUAAUAACUUUUACCCAGGGUCUGUCUCUUCCCUUCCCCUCCUUUCCCACCCCAGGAGUGUUGUUUUUCCUCUGUUUCAACAAAUAACAAUAAAUAAAUCUUUAAAAUGUUA